AUGGGUGACCAGUGCACUCUGCGCCUCGUCCGAGAGUUGAGACAGGUCGAGCAAAGUGAACAACUGGCCUUCACUAUCUACUACGAAGAAAGCAACAUUCGGGAUAUCCAGGCCCUCAUCAUCGGACCCCCGGGCACCCCAUACGAACUGGGCUUUUACGAGUUCUCGAUCAGGAUCCCAUCAGAUUACCCAGCAAAUCCCCCGGUGGUGAAAAUCCGGACGACCAACAGGGGCCGAACUCGCUUUGGACCUAAUCUGUAUGCUAAUGGGAAGGUCUGCUUGUCGAUCUUGGGAACUUGGCAUGGUUCCCGAGGUGAGCAAUGGUCGCCUGCACAGGGACUCGAGUCCGUUCUGCUGUCAAUCCAGAGCCUGUUAUCAUCAAACCCGUAUACGCUGGAACCGGGAUUUGACGACAACGAACGGGCGAACGACACGGAAAAUAUGGAGAUCUACAAGUCCAAGAUUCGUCAUGAGAAUCUACGACUAGCAGUCAUUACACCGGUUGAACAAGCCUUCCAAACUGCGACGCCUCCCCGCCGAACGGCGCCAAGGGUUGGUUGGGAGUCUAGCACGGAAGAAGAUAGUGAUCACGAACUCCAACUCGAUCUAGACGGAUUCCCCAUUCAAAGCAAGUUUGGCGACUUUUGCAAGCGACGGUUCCUAUGGUACUUCGAGUUCUACCAGAACGCUAUUGAGAAAGGUAUCGCGGACGAGGCACGCAGACAAGGAACGCCCUUCAUCCAAAUGCCGUUUGAAGGCUAUGGCAAUUCCAUGGGCGGAGAAUGGAACUACAUCGCCCUACAAGCCCGUUUGUUGGCUGUCCGAGACCAGGUAAUGGAAGAGACAAACCGCUGGGCCAUCGAGGGUCUUACUCUGGUCAAGGAGGAUGCUGGGAUUGCCGUUAAACUUCGGGGUCGGCAUGAACAGAUUGCUGCAGAAAUGAACAGUUCUCCUCAAGUUAUCGAUCUGUCACUGGUUGAUGAUAACCCGUUCGUCUGGAGACUCACCUAUGUUGGUCGCAACGAGUCCAAGUUGGAAGGUGGCAUCAUCAAGAUCAAGAUUCACAUCUCUCCCCGACACCCAGAAGAACAGCCUCGGGUCUUUAUCGAGCCGCCCCUGUACCACAUUUGUGUCUCCAAAAUGGGUGUGUUGAUGUAUCUUCCUUCGCAUGCUGAAGAGAUCGGCCAACAUAUCGACGGCAUCAUCAAUACACUGGAAGAAGACAACCCCCCGUACAAUCCCCUCAUGACAGUGAACCCAGAGGCAACCGCUCUGUGCUGGGGUUCGGAACUAGAGCGCAGGCUUUACAGACGCAAGCUUCGAGCAUCACUAGAGGAUUCCUGA